UCGCUGUCCACUGAUCUGGUGCUGUUCCAGUACUGCUUUGAGAAGCUCCACGAGCAGCAUCAUCUAACGCAAAGAUGGCGACCCGGACGAUGCAAGCAGCUCGAUGCCCGACAGAUGAGCUGUCGUUGACGAACUGUGCAGUAGUAAGUGAGAAAGACCUGCAGUCUGGACAGCAUGUGAGUGUGAGGACAACACCCACCCACAAGUUUGUCUUCACAGUGAAGAGCCACCACUCUGUGGUUCCUGGAACCAUCGCUUUCAGUUUGCCACAGAGAAAAUGGGCAGGCCUGUCUAUAGGACAAGAAAUCGAGGUGGCCAACUACAACUUUGACAAAUCCAAGCAGUGCAUUGGUGCCAUGACCAUUGAGAUUGACUUCCUGCAGAAGAAGAGCACUGACUCCAGUCCCUAUGAUUCUGAUAAAAUGGCAGCCGAGUUUAUCCAGCAUUUCAACAAUCAGAGUUUCUCUGUAGGACAACAGAUGGUCUUCAGUUUCUGUGACAAGCUCUUUGGGCUAGUUAUAAAGGAUAUUGAGGCUAUGGACUCCAGCAUACUGAAAGGGGAACCAGCAUCUGGCAAGAAGCAAAAGAUUGAGAUCGGUCUGUUGGUUGGAAACAGUCAAGUGGUAUUUGAAAAGUCAGAGAGCUCAUCACUUACCCUAGUUGGCAAGGCCAAGACCAAAGAAGCCCGUCAGACCAUCAUUAACCCUGACUGGAACUUUGAGAAAAUGGGCAUUGGUGGUCUAGACAAGGAGUUUUCUGACAUCUUCCGUAGGGCCUUCGCCUCCCGAGUCUUCCCUCCAGACAUUGUGGAACAGAUGGGUUGUAAGCAUGUGAAAGGCAUCCUGCUCUUUGGUCCUCCUGGUUGUGGUAAAACACUGAUGGCCAGGCAGAUCGGUAAAAUGCUGAAUGCCAGAGAGCCAAAGAUAGUCAACGGUCCAGAGAUCCUCAACAAGUACGUGGGUGAAUCUGAGGCAAACAUUAGGAAACUGUUUGCAGAUGCUGAGGAGGAACAGAAAAGAUUAGGUGCUAACAGUGGUCUGCACAUCAUCAUCUUUGAUGAAUUGGAUGCUAUCUGUAAGCAGCGUGGUACAGGUGCCAGCAGCACAGGUGUGCAUGACACUGUGGUCAACCAGCUCCUCUCAAAGAUAGAUGGAGUGGAGCAACUCAACAACAUCCUUGUCAUAGGCAUGACUAAUAGACCUGACCUGAUAGAUGAAGCUUUGAUGAGACCUGGCCGAUUUGAAGUGAAGAUGGAGAUUGGUUUGCCAGAUGAGAAGGGCCGUGUUCAGAUCCUAAACAUUCACACAUCUAAGAUGCGAGAGUUUAAUCUCCUGUCUUCUGAUGUGGAUGUUAAAGAACUGGCUGCUGAGACCAAGAACUACAGUGGAGCUGAAUUGGAGGGCCUGGUUCGAGCCGCCCAGUCUACUGCCAUGAACCGCCACAUUAAGGCUACAUCUACUGUAGAGGUGGACAUGGAGAGAGCAGAGAAGCUAAAGGUCACUCGUACAGAUUUUAUGGGAUCCUUGAAUAAUGACAUAAAACCUGCUUUUGGCACCAACCAGGAAGACUAUUCCAGUUACAUCAUGAACGGCAUCAUUAAGUGGGGGGAUCCAAUCACCAGAGUUCUGGAGGAUGGAGAGCUGCUGGUACAGCAGACUAAGAACAGUGAUCGCACUCCAUUGGUGUCUGUGCUUCUUGAGGGACCUCCUCACAGCGGAAAGACAGCCCUGGCUGCAAAGAUCUCAGAGGACUCGCAGUUCCCCUUCAUUAAGAUCUGCUCUCCUGACAAGAUGAUUGGCUUCUCAGAGAUCUCCAAAUGCCAGGCCAUCAAGAAGAUCUUUGAUGAUGCCUACAAGUCUCAGCUCAGCUGCAUUGUGGUUGAUGACAUUGAGCGUCUAUUAGAUUACGUGCCCAUCGGUCCUCGCUUCUCAAACCUGGUCCUCCAGGCCCUGUUGGUCUUGUUGAAGAAGACUCCACCUCAUGGCCGUAAACUGCUGAUCAUCGGUACCACCAGCCGUAAAGAUGUGCUGCAGGAGAUGGAGAUGCUGGAUGCGUUCAGCACCACCAUCCAUGUGCAAAAUAUCUCCAGUGGGGAACACCUGGUUGAAGCUCUUGAGCUCCUGGGCAGCUUCACAGAUGCUGAGAGAACCACCAUAGCCCAGCAUGUGAAGGGAAAAAGAGUGUGGAUUGGCAUUAAGAAGCUUCUCAUGCUUAUUGAGAUGUCUCUGCAGAUGGAUCAGGCGUACAGAGUCAGCAAGUUCCUCUCUCUACUCAAAGACGAGGGAGCGUUGGAUGAAAACAAUCACAUCCGAAUUUAACAUCAGCAUGGGCUCUACCCUGGGGAUCUUGGUUUCUUAGAGUAACAGAAGAUAUUCAGAAAAAACAACUAGAGGCAUCUGUUGCCCUCUGCAUGUUCCCUUGGCUACAACUUGGCCCAAACACCACCCCCACAAUACUGAAAAUCUGACUGAGAAUGCAGAACCAUCAUGUGGUCUCCUCUCAUAACCGACCACAAUACCAAUAUAAAAUAUUGUCUUGUGCUUUGUGUAAUCUAUCUGUACACUGUUUGUUUACAUGAAUACUGUAUCUGUUUAAGUCAAGUUUAUCUAAAUCUACUCAAAGCCAUGAAAAUUUAAAAAAUCUGAUAAAACAAAAAACAAAACAUGUACAUAUAUGCUGCUAUAUGCAGAACAUAUAUAGGGUAUCUAUAUCAUGCAACGUGAAAUUUAUGAGUAGGAUAUAAGAAAGCUGUUAGUGUGUGUACAGUGAAGAUGAGCUGUGCUGUCCCAAACCCCUUGUGAAUGUGUUGUAGUAACACAAGAAAACAACAUAUAGAUCAGUGUUAUAUUUUUAAUUUUUUACAUAAUUUCAGUAUAUGACAAUUCUAUUUGUUCUAUUUGUUUAAGUUUGAAUGUACAUUCUGGCUAUGAUGUCAGAGCUGGUAAUAUAUAUCUAAUAAUACAUCUAUGUACAGUAUCUUGACUGUAUGUACAAUAUAUUUGUGUGAAGACCAGUGUUUGAGAAUCCAGCACUAUGAGACUAUCCUUGAAUAUAUUACGGCAGAUCGGUUCUACAGUGGAUUUAUAAUAUGUUGUGUUCGCUACACAAGUCUCUGUUGGUGUGUGUUUGACUGAGUGAGUGUAUCUGGUCUCAAUGAAGGCAACAGAUCAGCUUCAACGUGAAAUUAGUUGUGUGAGUGUAGUAAUCUGUGUAUAUGUAGUAUGUGUGCAGAUAUUGUUUGGUAAUUACUUUUCAUGAAUUUUGUUGUAUUUGUGGUUAUUUCUGCCUGCUCAUUAAGUGAUUUUUUCUUUUCGAAUGGUUUCUGUGACCAGUGUUCAAUGUCCUGAGCCCUGAGAUCUGUUAAGAGUAUUGGAGAUAUUUGACCAGAUACAAAAUUGUGUUACUGCAAUAAAAAAAUAAAAUAAAAUAAAAAAACAGGCACUCA